UUCGUCCAUGUCUCUGUGAUCUUCUUUCUUCUGUUUCUCCACUCACUCUUAAGUUUUGUUUGUUUUCUAGUUAUUUUCUUUUUCUCUCUCCUUUAAUCCUCUUACUUCUUACCUUAGCGGUUGGGUCAUCGUUCUCGUUUCCUAAACACACACACACACACAAACGUUAAAAAUCUAUUGUCUCGGUCAAAGGUCUGUAUGGAUCUGUGUGCCGUUAAUGUGAAAAACCUUUUCCACACAAAGUCGUUUUGCCACAGACCCGUUUCCUCCAAUUUGGGAAGGACUGGGGUUUCUUUCAGAGUUGUAGAUAAUGAGAUCACAGUUUUGAGGCGUAAAGGGUAUCGUCCAUUUGUUGUCACUGCUUCGGGCAAGAAGAAUCAUGGCAACUCCUCUUCUUCUGGUAAUGGUGAACAGUCUAUUCCAGAAGGAGAUGGUAUUAGAGGCAACAAUUCUAAUGGUGACAAAUCAGAUCACAACUCCGAGGGAUAUCAUCAUACUAACUUGGAUUGGCGUGAAUUCAGAGCAAAGCUAUAUAGAGAUGAGCUGAAAGAAAUAUCAGAUACUGACACUCACAAUCAAGGAGGGACGUUGCACAAUUCCAAACCUCUUGGAACAAAGUGGGCUCAUCCUAUUCCAGUACCUGAGACUGGCUGCGUACUUGUGGCUACUGAAAAGCUUGAUGGUGUUCGAACCUUUGAAAGAACUGUUGUCCUCCUCCUCAGAUCUGGAACUAGACACCCACAAGAAGGGCCUUUCGGAAUUGUCAUCAACCGUCCUCUUCACAAAAAGAUUAAACACAUGAAACCUACAAAUCAUGAUCUAUUGACCACCUUUUCUGAUUGUUCCCUGCAUUUUGGUGGACCUCUUGAGGCAAGUAUGUUCUUGCUAAAAGCAGAGGAGAAGUUGAAGCUUCCAGGGUUUGAAGAGGUAAUUCCUGGGCUAUGUUUUGGUGCUCGAAAUAGUUUGGAUGAUGCUGCAGGGCUUGUGAAGAAGGGGAUUCUCAAGUCUCAGGAUUUCAGAUUCUUUGUUGGUUAUGCUGGAUGGCAACUUGAUCAGUUGAGAGAUGAGAUUGAGUCAGAUUAUUGGUAUGUGGCUGCAUGUAGCUCGAGUUUGCUUUGUGGGGCUUUGUCCGAUUCUUCAGAAAGUUUGUGGGAGGAGAUUUUGCAGCUAAUGGGUGGUCAUUACUCAGAAUUGAGCCGGAAGCCAAAGCAAGACACCUAGUUACAUAUGUAUGGUUUCAGAUUUAGAGACAAAUGAAGCAUGUCUAUUCAGGGUGUUACGAAGCCAAAUGCAGUUUUAAUUUUUCGGAGAUAAUUUAUCCUCCUAUCCUGCUUUAUUGUUUAUUUUAAGAGGGAUCGUACCUUGUUGGGUUCUUGUAAUUAUGUUUGUCAGUAUAGUAAUGUAAAAAGUUGUCUUAGUUGUAUUUUAUGGUUAAACUUUAGAAUUUCUUUCAGAGCACACACAGUUGAAGCAUCUUCGAAUUGGCAUUUCCG